GGCCGCUUCGCUUCCUUACCCCGCUGGGAAUACCAUUAAGAUCUUCGCCCAGGUAGAUCUGACGUCAAGAGAUGGCUUUCGUAGAUUUGACGUGUAAACACUCAUUUCCAUUCCGGCUCCGGAGGGUUGGAGCUCCAUUCAGCCCAGAGACAGAGGCGCUGUGCUGUGCGCUCCUUAGAAAGCUCCUACUUCUGCACCUCCUAUCCGUUAGCAUAGCAACGAGCAGCAAGAAGUGAUCCAACAGCGUCUGAGUCUUGAAAGAUUGAUUUCUUGUUUAUCUUUCUCCUAUAUUUGCUUCUCUCCUCUCCUCAUCCAUCGUGUGUGUGCAAUGGAUGUGAGAUGUUGGUCUCUGCAGUAUAUUGCUUUUGCUCUCUAUUUCUGCUGGUGGGCAAUGUACAGUGUUAGAGCAGAGAAACAGUUCGUUAAUGAAUGGGCAGCGGAGAUACCCGGGGGUCUAAAUUCAGCCAGAGAGAUAGCGGAGGAGCUGGGUUACGACCUUCUUGGACAGAUUGGAUCACUUGAAAAUCACUACUUAUUCAGGCAUAAAAAUCACCCAAGAAGGUCUCGAAGAAGUGCCAUUCACAUCACAAAGAGAUUAUCUGAUGAUGACCGGGUAACAUGGGCUGAGCAACAGUAUGGGAAAGAGAGAAACAAACGUUCUAUCCUAAGAGAUUCAGCAGAGGACCUCUUCAAUGACCCAAUGUGGAAUCAGCAAUGGUAUCUGCAAGAUACCAGGAUGACCCCGGUCUUGCCCAAACUGGACCUCCAUGUGAUACCAGUUUGGCAAAAAGGAAUAACAGGGAAAGGGGUGGUUAUCACUGUUCUGGAUGAUGGCCUGGAAUGGAAUCACACUGACAUCUUCGCUAACUAUGACCCAGAGGCCAGUUAUGACUUUAAUGACAAUGACCGUGAUCCAUUUCCCAGAUAUGAUCCCACAAAUGAAAACAAGCAUGGAACCAGGUGUGCUGGGGAAAUCGCCAUGCAAGCCAAUAAUCAGAAAUGUGGUGUUGGGGUUGCCUACAAUUCCAAAGUUGGAGGCAUCAGAAUGUUGGAUGGCAUUGUGACUGAUGCUAUUGAAGCCAGUUCAAUUGGAUUCAAUCCGGACCAUGUGGAUAUUUACAGUGCAAGCUGGGGUCCAAAUGAUGAUGGGAAAACAGUAGAGGGCCCUGGCAGGUUAGCCCAGAAGGCUUUUGAAUAUGGCAUCAAACAGGGAAGACAAGGGAAAGGCUCCAUAUUUGUCUGGGCAUCUGGGAAUGGUGGGCGCCAGGGGGAUGACUGUGAUUGUGAUGGUUACACAGACAGUAUCUACACCAUUUCCAUCAGCAGUGCCUCACAGCAAGGCCUAUCUCCCUGGUAUGCCGAAAAGUGCUCGUCCACACUGGCCACUGCCUAUAGCAGUGGGGACUACACUGACCAGAGAAUUACAAGUGCUGAUUUGCACGAUGAUUGCACGGAGACCCACACAGGCACAUCAGCCUCUGCCCCCUUGGCUGCUGGAAUCUUCGCUCUCGCACUGGAAGCAAACCCCCAUCUCACCUGGAGAGAUAUGCAACAUUUGGUUGUGUGGACCUCUGAAUAUGACCCACUAGCCAUUAAUCCUGGUUGGAAGAAGAAUGGAGCUGGAUUGAUGGUGAAUAGUCGAUUUGGAUUUGGGUUACUUAAUGCUAAGGCCCUGGUGGACUUAGCUGAUCCUAAGACCUGGAAAGGUGUACCUGAAAAGAAAGAAUGUAUUGUGAAGGACAACAACUUUGAACCCAAGUCAUUGAAAGCUGAUGGAGUAGUUACUAUUGAAAUCCCAACCAAAGCCUGUGAAGGACAAGAAAAUUCCAUCAAGUCUUUGGAACAUGUGCAAUUUGAAGCAACAAUUGAAUACUCACGGAGAGGAGACCUUCAUGUCACACUCACCUCUGCUGCUGGAACCAGCACUGUGCUAUUGGCUGAAAGAGAAAGAGAUACAUCCCCCAAUGGAUUUAAGAACUGGGACUUCAUGUCUGUUCACACAUGGGGAGAGAAUCCAGUAGGCACAUGGGCUUUACGAAUUACUGAUAUGUCUGGAAGAAUGCAAAAUGAAGGAAGAAUUGUGAACUGGAAACUGAUUUUGCAUGGGACUGCCACCCAGCCGGAACACAUGAAACAGCCUCGUGUUUAUACUUCCUAUAAUGCUGUGCAGAAUGACAGAAGAGGGGUGGAGAAGAUGGCUGAUUCUGUUAAGGACCGAGCCAUUCUAGAAAACCUGCCUGAAGGUUCCCAGCUCUCCAGAAUCUCCACUACUCCCAGUACUGGCAGUGACAGUGUCAAAGGGGACAAGUUGAUGGAGAAAACACUCUCCAGGGCUAUGCUCCAACUCCUGCAAAGUGCUUUCAGCAAACAGGGAGCCCCCAAUCAAGCACCAAAGAGUGAGCCCAGUGAAAAGCUAAAGAUCCCAUAUGAGCAUUUUUAUCAAGCUCUGGAAAAGUUAAACAAACCAUCCCAGUUAAAAAAUGAUGAGAAUAGUCUGUAUAGUGACUACGUGGACCUUUUCUACAACACGAAACCAUACAAGCACAGAGAUGAUCGACUGCUGCAGGCUCUGGUUGACAUUCUGAAGGAAGGGAAUUGAAACGAGGUGAUCUCCAGAGUUGGAAAUACUCAUUCUUCCUCCUUUCUCUAAUAUAUUGCCUGAGACUGAUGUAGAAUUUAUAUUUUAUUCAUAUGAUUAUGUCUUUGCUUCCCAUUGCUAUCUUGUACAUGUAUACAUGUUCAUAUACUCAUACAUUCACUCAAGCUCACAUAUGCUUGCACACACACACAUACUCACAGACACAAAUAUUCACACACAAUUUGGUACAUAAAGAGAGGGGGUUUGCUUCCCACUGAGAGCCUAACUGUACUGGGGACAGUCAACAAGAGCUCUAUUGAAAACAUGUUUUCACAAGUGGAAUUAUUUUUGUCCUGGAAUCAAAGUCCAUUGGUGUUUCUCCUAUCAUAUUUAAAAUCCACUCUAAACCGCCUCUUUUUCCCAUUUUCAUUUCUCAAAAGAAUACUAAUUUAAAUAAAAACAACUCUGGGCUGUAAAACACUAAAAAAAAAAAAAAACUGCUGCAAAACACCAGGAGAUGUGCCUACAGCCUUUUUUCUGUCCCUUCCACAUCUGUUUCCUGUCUAGCAAUGACUUCUAGGAUUGUGGUUCUUACAACAAAAGGGCUCCCCAAAUUUUUUUAAGUCACUUAGGAUCAUAGAUUUAGAGAAGGAGGGAUUCUUGGGGUCAUCUAGUCCAACCCUUCAUUUUACAGAUAAAGAAUUGAGCCUUAAGGCCUGCCAUUCAGGGGUUAAGUAGAAGUGCCAGGAUUUGUACUUGAGGUUCCUCUCUAACUUUUACUAGUCUAAAAAUCCAGUGUUCCUUCUACUAUACCAGAAAAAGAGAAAUGAAUUAAGCAUGUGAUUUUAUUGAGGCAGCAAAAUGGGUUUUGGCCAGGAUUAUCUAGCAUGUAUACUUUGCAAAAAAAAAAAAAUCUCUAAAACUGUGUGGCAUAGAAUCAGCCACUGGGUUACUUUUUUGUUUGUUUUGUUUUUCCUUCUUGGUUGUCCUUAUUCUGAAUAUUUUUCCCCUCCUUGAGUUGCAAUUUCAGCUUCAUAGCGUUUUGCAAAUUUCACAAAGCAAAAAUUGGGAAAUAAUUCUGGAAUGAUGAUAGCUAAGAAAAACACACACUCAAAUAAACUAACAUAUUACAUAAAAGAUGAUUUUCUGGUUUUGAAAGUGCUAGCCUGGCCUUUGGGCCCUAAGACCUCUCUCUCUCUCUCUCUCUCUCUCUCUCUCUCUCUCUCUCUCUCUCUCUCUCUCUCUCUCUCUCUCCUCUCUCUCUCUCUCUCUCUCUCUCUAGACCCCCUGAUUAUUGCUACCAGCUUCUUUACCAAAGAUACUGGGCAUGAAUAAUAUUACUUAAAGGGGGUGGGGGAAUCCACACAGAUGUUAUUUUCUAACUGAAUCUACACAUUACCAAAUAAAAAUAAGACUUUCUAUUACACAGUUGACUUAGGCCUUAUCUGUGGAGAGCCAAAUCAGAUAAUUCAGGCCAAGACAAAACAUCAAAAGGACCCUAAAUAAGUUAUCUGGAUGGGCAUUUGCAUGUCUGUAAUAGAAACCAAUCCUUUCCUUCACUGUGUAUGUGUGUAGAAGGCUUCUGUUUGCUUCCUGUUGCUCUUUGAAAUGCUCCCCAUAGCUUAGUAAGUAGUCCCAGGACUUUAAAUACAUGCAGAUCAGAAAACUUUUUGAAGUACUGACUGAUUCCACACUGUCUACCAAAAUGAUCUUUCCCUUCCCUUGUCCACUAUUUGAAUUUGUGUAGAAUGAGGAAAUAGUCAGGAUGCAGCUCUGCUAUGAUCUUGCAAAAGAUCUUUAAAAAAGAGAGAGGGAGAAAGAGAAUGACCUGCCAAUCCUUGGAAUUCCUACGUAUUCUGUGAUGGGAAGUGAUGUGUAUAGUUUUGACAGCUGCAGCAAAUCAGACACCCAUAAAACAUUAAGGAAGCAACCCUGGCAAUGGUUCAAUCCAACCUCCUCAGGAUAAACUGAAGCCCAGGGAGGCAAAGGGACCCCUUGCCUGUGGUCACACAGCUAACAGAGUCUGCCCCAGGACUAGAACUCAGGUCUCCCUGACUCCCAGUUCAGUGCUUCAUGUAUAAUGCCUUCUUGUUAAACAUAUUGUACAAUAUAGAUUCAUUGUUAAAAUCUCAAUCACCUCUUGUUCUGUGGCCAAAGGUUCCCCUAGUGAAGUUUUAAUACAAAAACUACAUCAUGUUUGAAUGUUCCAACCCAGAGUAUAUUGUACAGACAUAUUUUUAUUGUUUGUCUUUCUUGGUGCCUGUGUAGGUUUUUGUGAAAAUGUAAAAGAGGAAAAUUAUAAAAUGUUUUGUCUCAGAAUUUUAAAUUCUAUUUUCUUUACAGGUAUUUAUAAUAUAUCAAAACUUUUAUCAAACAUGCAGAAUUUUGAAAGGCACAAUAAAUUAUAUUAAAGAACCAUAUGUUUUCUUGAGAAUGAGAAAGUUUCAUCCAAUAAAAUAUUUUUCAAAGGCAUGUUCCUCUAGCAAUGAUGAUACCUACAUGUAUGUGAUAUGAUGUUACAAUAACUUGUCUAAUAGCAUAAUACAAUAUAUCAGCAGAGUCCA